AUGAACAUAGAGAACCAUGUAAUGAUAAAUGUAGCAAAAAAUGAUAAGAUAAAGAACAACGAAGUGAUAAAAUGUAGCAAAAGUGAUGAGAUGAACAUAGAGAACAAGGAAGUGGUAAAUGUAGCAAAAAAUGAUGAGCUGAACAUAGAGAACAAUGAAGUGAUAAAAUGUCGCAAAAAUGAUGAGAUGAACAUAGAGAAUAAUGAAGUGGUAAAUGUAGCAAAAAAUGAUGAGCUGAACAUAGAGAACAAUGAAGUGAUAAAAUGUUGCAAAAAUGAUGAGAUGAACAUAGAGAAUAAUGAAGUGAUUCACAUAGAGAACAAUGAAGUGAUAAAUGUAGCAAAAAAUGAUGAGAUGAUCAUAGAUAGCAAUGAAGUGAUAAAUGUAGCAAAAAAUGAUGAGAUGAACAUAGAUAACAAUGAAGUGAAAAAUGAAGCAAAAAAUUAUGAGCUGAACAUAGAGAACAAUGAAGUGAAAAAAUGA